CGACACCUCACGUAUCCGGUUACUGCUUGGGCAGAAAACUUAUAGCUACCUACUAGGUAUGGAUACUGAAGUGACUUCAACCGGCCCCUCGGCCGACAUGAGCAGCAGCUAUGACACAGCGUUAUGCAUUAUCCCGCCAAAGCAUUUAUGGACAGCUAUAGACAACUUGAGAGUAUCCUUCGACCCGGCAUACAAGAAAUGGCCACCGCAUAUCAACAUUGUAUACCCAUUUGUACCGGUCGAUAAAUUACACGCUGCUCCCGAACCCGUCAUGUCCAUGCUUCAACAACAAUCUGAAGCUUCACCGCCAGUUAUGCAAUUGGAUGGCUCAGGUUUCAUUUCCAAAGAUGGGCAUUUAACAUAUUUCUUAUACAACAAAUCGUCGACGCUUUUUAAGGACCUGCGGGAGCGCGUGCUAUUCUCUCUAAACCGAGAUUACGACGAGGACGAUCAAAUGUACAUGACGGUUGGACGUACAGCAGAUUUAAAUGAUCCAAUGCUGGAUUCUAUGUUGAACAAGCUCGACUUACUUCCUACCCUUCAAUGGAAAGCUGAGAAGAUUCAUAUCCUUAUACGAGACACGAAUGAGAUUCAUACCGACAAAAUGAGGUUAUGGGGAGAAAUCGAUCUCGCCUCUCGCACCCUCUUGACAAUGCAGAAUCCCGUUGCUUUUUACGAAGAUGAAAGGGCAGCUCGCUCUGAGAAUGAAGAGAAUACUAUUUCGGAAAGCCCACCACUAACACGCCUUCCUUAUCUAUUUCAUUCUACUCAAUUCAAAUGGAUUCAGCUGCCGGAGUUGCCGGUUCUUGAGCAGGUGACUCCGAAUGUGGAAUCACUAAUCAUUGCAAAUUACAAUGUUCACGCCGAGUUUCAACAUCCCCCAAGUCGAGCUCGAAACCCCAUCAUAAUUCAGAAUCUUUUAGAGGCCCAAGCCCGAGCAGAUGUUCUAGUCCUAAAAGAAGUCACGGACGACUUUCUCUCAUGUCUUUGCAAAUAUGAGAGCGUUCGGGAGGUUUAUCCCUUUAUUUCACAUGGCCCCCCCGAUCAGCCCGAUAUUGAGCCACUGCCAAAUCAUCUUAACAUUGUGGUACUGAGCAGGUGGCCAUUUUCUUGGGACUGCAUAUCGCUUUCUAGCACCUGCAAAGGCUUCAUAAUCAUGCAAUUUCCCCAUAUUGGGAAAUUGGAGGGGAAAGCUUUCAUACCGCUCAUCCUAUCCGCCGUUCAUCUCAGCCCGGGUCUCACAAAUGCUUCUAUCACAAGGAAGGAGCAAGAACUAAGAUCUCUCCUCAGUCAUCUAUCCAAGACAUACCCUCGAAAUCCUUGGAUUUUAGCUGGCGAUUUCAAUAUUCCAACGAGUGUAUAUACUAUUGAAACGGCAGUCAAAAGGGGCGAAAUCUCUUCGCAAAGCAGCCAUGCUUUAACUAGACUUGAGAAACUGCCUAUGGAGAUGGGGUUGGUGGAUUCCUGGGUUUCUGCGUGCGUUCGAUACGGUGAUACAUCUGAGAAGGACCCGAGCCAACUGAACUCGAGGAAGGCGUUGCGGGGAGAGAAAGGUCCAACCUAUGACCCAACAGUCAGUAAUCUUGCCAAUAAUACUACUCAUAGCGACUUCGACAAGAAACCUCAACGCUAUGACAGGAUUCUAGUAACGAGAGAAGACUUUAUUGUAACAGGUUUCAACUUAUUUGGUCAGGAAAUGGGAACUUUACACACUGAUUCCGAUAUCGACUCUAAGAAUAAUGAUUCAUACGUCGAGCCCUCACAUGGAAGCGACCAUUGUGGCAUCAGAUGUUCACUAAACCUUUCUCCAAAUAAUCUAGCUCAGCCGAGUAACAACAGAAAGCUCAUCUUCACUCCGCUAGAAGUCAAGCAAAAUCUGACGACCACCUCUCAACUUGUCCAAUAUCUUUACGAGCAAUCCGUAUUGCCUUCUGACGUUGAUGCUGCAGUGAAAGAAACCGCGUUAAGCUUAUUGAAGGAAGUAAUAAUGCAAGAUGACGAUAAUCCCACCCGUGGACUUCCAGCUUUUGUGCUAGUACCUGUCGGAUCUUAUGGGCAGGGAGUCUGGACUGCGACGUCAGAUAUCAACUGCCUCUGCAUCGGACGUAUCAGCCCAAAAACUUUCUUCGCGCUGGCUAUUCAGCGGCUUCGUAGGGCUGCACAGAGGGGCAUCAAGAUCCUGCGACGAUCGGAUGCCCCAUUUGGUCCAGUUCUAGAGCUAGCAGUCGGCCAUGUCAAGAUGGAUUUACAAUAUUGCUCAGCCGUUUCCGUCGCUGAGACCUGGCCAGCCGCGCUGAUGCUACCUUCGGCCGACCCCAUGUUCAAUCUACCACAUAGUACCCUAGGGAUACUAAAGCCAGUGCGUGAUAUGGAUUAUCUCCGGCGAACAACUCCGGAUCUCGCCGCUUUCAGGCUAGCAUACUAUGUAAUAAAGUGUUGGGCAAACCGGCGUGGCAUUUACGCUGCGCGACUUGGUUAUCUUGGCGGUAUCCAGAUAUCGAUUCUACUAUCGCGAAUAUGCAAGCUACUGCUAUAUCAAAAUGGCUCCAUAUCUGUCCCAAUGAUAUUGGCAACUUUCUAUCACCACUACGCGGAGUUUGAUUGGGAUAAGUCCAUGGUUUUUGACCCCUUCUUUCAUGAAACUUUGAGCUAUGUGAGAACUAGACGGGAGCCUAUGGUCAUCUUAGGUUUUUAUGGCCCUCGACUAAACACGGCGCAGACUGUGUCGGUCUCUACGGCUCAAACUAUCAUUAGGGAAUUGAAGAGAGCAGACGCAAUGAUAUCAGAAAGCGAAAUGAUAUGGGCCAAACUCCUCGAUGAGAAUACAGGCGUAAAGGAGUUUUUAGGCACGUAUACAACAUACGUCAAGAUUACUGCUCGGUUCUGGAGUGCCUCUCUGGUGAAAAUAAACAAGACCUUGGAGUGGUUGGAAUCAAUGUGUGCCUCUCUUUUAGUCGAGAUCAGUAGGGUAGCGCCUGAAAUACGUUCAAGGAUCUGGCCAGCACGCUUCGUAAACCAAGAUGCUUCCGAAGAAGACGAAGAAUACGAAGAGCAUUAUAUUAUCGGCUUGGAUUUGGGAGAAUCCAACGGUCAUCAUACAUUAAAUGCAUUAGAUACCUGCGUGCAUACUUUUGACACCUGGAUAAGCAAAGACGAAAAAUUCUUCGACCCCAAGUCAUACUGGAUAAAUACUACAGUAAUUCCACGAGGCGAACUUGGGGAGCUACGAUUGGACAAUCGAGAUUGGGGACAGUACGCAGUCGAAGCCGAGAACGAGGACAUAGGCGAUUCGGAGUUCUGGGCAUCUAUCGAAGAGGAUGAAGUUAGAACCCCACCUGCGAAGAAAAAGAUGCGUCCAUCACACAUUCCAACGCACGGCGGAAAACUCCGAUCUGCGUACGAUAUUCUAAAUAGAAUUCGGUGGGACCAAACCAUGGACAGCAGCGACUACGUCGUCGGCUACGAGGAUCGCUUCUUGGGGGCGAUGGAGCGAUCAAUCGACUCGUGGAAGUCGGAUACGACGCACGAGGAAUUUAUACCAGAGCACAGGAUCCUGUACUUCAAGCGCAAGAGCGACGGGGCCGUCGUGUGGCACAGAGAGGAAAGGCGGGAUGAGAUAUUUGGUAGCGGAGCUUCGAAUCUUGGGCGCUAGGGCUAAGACAUAUGUAAUUCUGCAUAGGUACCUAGUACCUUUAGUUGGUUAUUUUGGGUUGGAUUUACUCAGCGUCAAGUGGAAAUGUGCAUGUGAAGUAUGUCGAUAGGCGCCCAAGGCAUAGGGCAGUGCAGUGGGCGUUGGAUCAUCACCAUGCUGGCGUCUCUUGGCCCCGCCGUGUGAAAGGCGUGUUUACUGGUGUGAUGAAUAUACCAGGUACAAUACCCAAUACCUAAUCGUACCUAAUGUAAGCUCCCAGCCGUGCCAACGGAACGAUAUCCAAUCCUUCUUGGUCAGGUGAUA